AAAGAAAGAAAGAAAGAAAACGAAAGGGAAAGAGAGAGAGAAAGAGAGAGAGAGGGAGAGAGAGAGAGAGAGAGAGAGAGAGAGAGAGAGAGAGAAAGGGAGAAAAAGAAUAAGAAAAAGAAAGAAAAAGAAAUCAAGGAAACGUGAGAGAUUCGUACGCCUACGUACAGGAGAGAUACGGCGAUUACGCCGUAGGAGCAAUCGAACGAGAUGAGACCCGACGAGGUGAUACAGACAGAGCGGAGGGCGGCAGAGACUAUGUCGGAGACGUCGGAGGGUACCGCGACGAGUAGCAUCUCCGGCAAGUCCGGUUUCGAGAGUCGCGAAGAACUCCGAGAUCUUGCGGCAGUUCUUGGGAUCGCUAAUCCGGAAGAUCUACAUCAGGAUCGUUUCCGCGUUGAUCGACGAAAAUUAGAACAAAUGUUACAGGGUGACAAUGAUAUGCCGAAAGCAGCGGAUACGUUUUUUCACAGUGUUAUGGAGGAAACGAAUACCUUUGUAAUGUGGCCGUCGCGUUUGAAGAUCGGUGCAAAAUCGAAAAAAGAUCCACACAUAAAGGUCGCAGGUCGUCCAGAUGACGUGCGAACAGCUAAGGAGAAGAUAAUGGAGAUUCUAGACACUAGGCAAAACAAUAUAGUGACCAUGAAAAUGGAUGUCAGUUAUACCGACCAUUCACACAUUAUCGGAAAGGGUGGACUGACGAUUAAACGAGUGAUGGAGGAAACUGGAUGCCACAUUCAUUUCCCAGAUAGUAACCGCAGUAAUCAUCAAGAGAAGAGCAAUCAAGUUUCCAUUGCUGGAGAAAUCGAUGGCAUUGAGCGUGCCCGUGCACGAGUUAGGAAUCUUACGCCGUUGAUAUUUUCUUUUGAAUUGCCAAUAAUGGGAGCAUCACAACGUACUCCGGACGCGACUUCGCCUUACGUAGUAAAGAUACAAGAGAAAUACAACGUUCAAGUGAUGCUACGUACCAGACCGAAAUUGCACGCCACGUUGGUUCUCGUCAAGGGUUGCGAGUGGGAAGUUUCGCAAGUAAAGGAGGCGACCGUACUCUUGAUUCACUAUAUGUGCGAAAACUUAGCUAGUCAAAUUCAAGUACAAAUGUCGAUGGAGAUAUCGCCGCAUCAUCACAGCAUUGUUCUUGGUAAAUCAAGUAGCAAUCUUAAGAUGAUAAUGCAGAGAACAUCGACACAAAUCAUGUUUCCCGAUGCCAGCGAUCCGAAUAUUCCUAGUUUGAAAAAGAGCAAUGUUACUAUUAUCGGUGGUAUUCACAAUGUUUACUUGGCCCGGCAACAAUUGGUCGGAUCUCUACCGCUGGUACUUAUGUUCGAUGUCCCUAAGGAUUACAUGUCGUCGAUCGAUACAGAAACAAUUUCACAAUUGAUGCAAUCCCUCGACGUGUUCAUAAACGUGAGGCACAAGCCAAAGCAAAGUACAUUUUCCGUGAUUAUCAAGGGAAUCGAAAGAAAUGCCAGCAACAUUUACGAAGCCAGAAAACAACUUCUUGGCUUGGAGGAGCCAAGAGUUAAUGCUGAAAUACCAACCACUUAUCACAUUCCAAAUGCUGGCAAUAUUUUUCAAGGAAACGCCACGAAUGGUAACGGUACGAAUGCUAUCAAUUGUGGUAUACCGGAGAGUUUGUCGAACAUGUUGACCGUGAACACACAGAAUUUACCAUGCUGUGUUUCUCCAAUGUCACAUUCACCUAAUCCAAUGGGACUUUCGCCACAUUGGAGUUUACCACCAAUUCCGUCCAUGUUUUCAUCGUUACCAAUUCAUCAUCCAUAUCCUUACGGGCAUUUAAAUCAUCUGUUAACGACGCAGCACAUGAUGCACAACAACAUGAUGGCCCAUUCUCACGGAAUAUCGAAUCAUAUCCUGAAUGAUAUUGGACAAAUUCAUCCUACUUUAUCGACAGGCUUGCAUGGAAUUCAUGGAAUGGCAAAUAGUUUGUCGGAUAGCAAGGAAGGCAGUGCUUAUUCCUCAUUGAGUAGCGUUUCAAGCUCUUUGUCUAGUCCAGCUAUUAGCCCUAGAAAUUUAUCACCGGUGAAUCCAACAGUGACUAAUCCUAAUUUAGACUUGUCGAGUAUGCUAUCAGAUCUCUCGGUGUCCGAUCGUCGAGCACCAGGCUGUGAAAAGAAAUCGUUAGAGAUGGCCGCCCAACAGAAUCUUACGCCUUCCGAUUACGAGCAGAAGAAGAUGAUGGCCGUUCUAGCUGUACAAAAUAAACCAAACACUUCGGAGUAUCGAGUACCAACGUCGACUUGGUCAGGUUAUGGCCUGAGUCAGACUAUUGCUCCGUUAUCAUCGACUGAACUGAACAAGGAGUUGUCUUCAUCUGAUCCAUUCUACUUAUGGGAAGAACCAAUGACACCUGUGUUAAAUACAAACAUGGACUUUGGUAUCGGCUCGAGUAAAGAUCGAAUUGGUCAAAUCGGUUCUACUUCGAAUUACAUGGAUCACACACCGACCUCGCAUUUAAAAAAGAUAACAUCCCAACGAUAUACCGAUCUUGCUAGUAUGUUAACAAGCGUUGGCCUUGAGAAAUAUAAUCAAAUGAACAAACGAAGUAAUCCAUUUAGCGGUAGCGCUGCACCAGGUGCGGAACGAAAAGCAACCGCAUCGACAGCGGCGGCAUCCACGUCUCUCGAGAAAUGCACGCUCGAUACCAAAUGGUAAAGGAAGAUGCAACAAGUGAAGUAUAUAAAUGAAAGGAAAAAAAAAAGAAAAGGGAAAAAGAAAAAAAAAAGAAAGAAAGAAGGAAAGAAAACAAAACUAUGUAACACAGGUAACACAAGUAACGCGGACGUCAUACGUAAACGACAAUAAUCGUAUGCGUCGAGAAAACGACCCGGAAUUAUGAGACAGGGUAAAAAUCAAAUAGGGAAAAUGAAAAAAAAAAAAAAAAAAAAAAAGAAAAUAUAAUGAAAGAAACAGAAUAAUAAUAUUGCAAAUACGAACAUAGAAGUGAAAAUAUUUACGAGGAAAAAUUCAAUUCGAACGGACAUGAUUCGUCGUUAUUUGAAUUACAACGAUGGGGAUUAAAUUCGAUCAUGUUAGGUAUCCUCCUAGUUCGUAAAAUGAUACAAUUUCAAGAAGACGAAUCUAUCCGACUCGGCGGAGAAGAGUACUCUGACCGAAAGUAGUUACGAAGAAAAAGAAAAGAAAAGAAAAGAAAGAACGGGGAUUGAAAAAUACGAAACGAAAAGAAAACUUAUAUAACAAGAAUAAUAAUAAUAAUAAUAGUAAUAAUAAUAUUAAUAUUAAUAUCGUCGAAACGACUCAACGAACUUGACAACGAGUAUGGAAAGGAAAAAGAAAAGAAAAGAAAAGAAAAGAAAAGAAAAGAAAAGAAAAGAAAAAAAAAAUAAAAUAAAUAAAUCAUUUUGCAUGUUUAUUGUAAUUUCGUAUUUCGUCUAAAUGGUACCGGGAGAAUAGGCUGAUGAUUUAUUAUUUUUGCGUGCGCGAGAGAAAUGUUUUGGCCAGAAAAAAAGUCCUCUGAAGAAGAAAAAAAAAAAAUAAUCCCUACUCCCCCUAAAAAAAAAAAAAACAAAAAACAAAACAAAAGAAAACAAAAAAAAACAAAAAAAAAUAACUUCCUUCUCCCGCCCACAUCCUCCACUUUCCCUCGUGCAUCUCAAUUCGUCCCUUUCCUCUCACCUUUCCCCCCCCCCAUCCCUCUUUAUUUUGCUUUUUUUUCUCGCCAUUUUCUCGGAGCACGUGCCCCGACGGUGCCUCUUUAGGAUUAGGUAGAUGAAAUGAUCGUUAUAUAAUAAUUUUUUUUUUUGUUUAAUUCACUAUUAUCUUAUUUUCUCCUUUUUUUUUUUUUGAUUGUUAUUGGCGGUCUCCGUCGAAUCGAACGAUACUCCGCGAGAUCGAGAUGAUCGUUCGAUUCGUACGCGUUUGUCGUGUGAUCGGGAAAGAAAAAAAAAAAAUGCGCGCGUCGAGUCUUACGUGUGCAUGUACGUAUGUACAAUGUGUGAAUGUGUAGAUAUGGGAGUGUGUGUGUGUGUGUGUGUUGUGCGUGUGCUUGUGGGUAUGCAUGCGCGCGCAAUAUAUAUAUAUAUAUAAGGUGGAAGAUUUUUUUUUGCAAAGUGCAAUGGGUGAUGAUGAUGAUGAUGAUGAUGAGUUAGAAAGAAAGAAAGAGAGAAAGAAAGAAAGAAAGAAAAGAAUAAUAGGUCCAGGGGAAAAAGAAAUUAUACAAAUUUAUAUCAUAUUACAACAUACAUACAUAUAUAUAUAUAUAUGUUUGUCUAUAUAUAUAUAUAUAUAUGUAUUAUGUAUGUAUACAUAUAAAUAGAAAAUAAUGAAUUCAAGCCCAAGAAAACGUCGAAACUAUGACGAUCGGGUAUUAAAUUAAAAUAAAAAACAAAAAAAAAAGAAAAACAAACAAACAAACAAACAAAACAAAAGAAACAAAAAAAAUAACAAAAUUUGCGAGGCUUCCGAAUAAUUUUUUUCUUCUUGCUCGCUUAAUCGAUGCUGGCGGAAGGUGUUAAACUAUCAUUUUCUUUCUUUAAAUAUUUUUUCUUUUUUUCUUUUUCCCUCCUCCCCAAACUUUUUUUUCUCUCUAUAUAUAAUAUUUCUUUCUUUCUUCUCUCUCUCUCUCUCUCUCUCUCUUUCUCUCUCUCUUUGUCUCUCCCUAUCCAUUUAUCUUCUUUUUUCUCAAUACGUCCAGCGGUCUUUCGUUGCAGCGAAGCUGUAGAAAAAAAAAAAAAAAAAAAAAAAAAGGAAAAAAAAAAGAAGAAAAGAAAAAAAAAAGAUAUUUAAUUCAGACUAAGCUCGAAGCAAGCGCGAAAGCACUUCUUCCCGACGAUCGUUAUCGAUUUCAACAAUAUUUUUGCACAAUUUUUAUCUUUCCCUCUCUUUGUCUUUCUCUUUUUUUUUUUUUUUUAUUUUUUCAAAAAAUUGAAACAAAAAAGAAAUAAAAAAAGAGACAGACGAAAAUGAUAAUAGCGAGAUUCAACGAUAUGGAAUAAUGUGAUCGCGAUCGAGGAAGCUUUUUCCUUUUUUUUUUUUUUUUCGUUUCAUUUCUUUUUUCUCUCCUCAUUUUUUCCAAGCUUCUCGAUCGUCGAAGUAUCUGAGAUGCUCUUUCUUUCUUUCUUUCUUUCUUUUUUUUUUUCUUCUUUUUUUCACUCUUUUUUUCGAUCGUCGAGACGAAUCGCGACAUUACGCUCUUUCGAGUUUUACAAUGUAACAAAGUAUUUAUUAUUCGCACGCGAAAGAUGCUGGAUUUGCAAACCAACCCGACGAUCUUCCGAGAAAUCUUACCUUCUCUCUCUCUCUCUCUCCUCUCUCUCCUCUCUCUCUCUCUCUCUCUCUCUUUGUGUCUCUCUCUCUCUCUCUCUCUUUCUUCCUCUCAAUCUUUUCUUUCAUAUCGAUCGAUCGUAAAUAUCGAAAGAGAUUUUCGAUCAUCAAUCGAAAAAGAUUGUAUUACAAUGAUGAUCCUAUCCUUCCGAGCAUCAGAAAUAAUUAUUUUGCGAAUUUUCAAGUAUUGAUAAUUUAAAAUCGAUCAAAUGGAUUGAUCGAUCAAUCGAUCGAUCGAUUUUAAAGGGACAAUUAGUUAAUCGAUAAUUUCAUUGUUAGAAAACGUUGAUAAGUUAAAGAGAGAACUACGAGAGUGAGCUUCCGAGGGUGAGAGGCACUCGUUUUUUUUCUUUCUUUCUUUCUUUCUUUCUUUUUUUUUCUUUUUUCUUUUUACCUCUUUCUCCUCCCAACCCACCCCCCCAAAACACCCCACCACCCACUUUCGUGAUAUCGUGCAUGCCUAGCGGAAUUACUUUGACUUAGCCUUUUCUGAAAUUCUUUUAAGCGUAAAUUAUUGUUGUCCUUGCGCCGUGAUCGCGUGCUUUUAAGGAUUACCGAUGGAUUAUUAAAUGUAAUUAAGGAAAAAAAGGAAGAAGAAAAAAAAAAAGAAAAGAAAAAAAAAGGGGAAGAAAAGGGGGCAAAAAAAAAAAAGUAAAGAAACGAAAAGAACGAUGAUAAAAUUUAUGUGCGGGAAUGAAGCGGGAGUAGAGAAAUAAAAAAAGUAAACGCGCUAAGAAACAACGUUGAUGAGAGAUAAAGACGAAAAAGAAAGAAAGAAACAAACAAACAAACAAACAAACAAACAAAAAUAGAAGAAAACGAAAAAAUGAUAAUAAAAUCGAAAUAGAAUCUAGUAUAUAUAUAUAUAUAUAAUAUCUUUGUUAUAAGAAAUAUAUGUUAUAUAUUAUGUGUUCUCCACUGUGUGAUAUAUAUAUAUAUAAAUAGGACUGUCCGAUCGUGUCUGUUCCUCCAUGUGUUUGUUGUUACAAUGAAACGCGCACUUCCUACGUUUAUUAUUUUGUCGAUAAUUAAAAUAUAAUUCAUUAGCGAAUUAUAUCGACCCGAAGCGAAGCGUUAAGUUGUUCGCACGCACAUAUGUAUAUAUAUAUAUAUAUAUAUAUAUAUAUAUAUAUAUCGAAUUUUUUUACGCGAUAACUUCCCGCGUUCAAAAAGCAUAACUUUAAUGUCUCGAAAUUGUUACAAUAACAAUAAUUAUCUACACAUACGUAUAACGACACAUAAACACACGUAUACACAUACACGCACACGCACGUACACACGCACACGCACACUACAACACAAAAAUUGUACCAGAUGUUCCUAUGUAAUAAUUUAACAAAAAAAGAAAAAAAAGAAAAAAA